AUGCCUCCUGCUCUCCAAUUGAGUGAAGACGAAUCUGCAGGGGAAUCGAUUCCCUUCAAUGAUGCCGAAGAACAACAACAGGUCUCCAAGAAACCUGACAUGCCCUCCGAUGUUGAUGAAGACGACAACGACAGCGGUGAAGAGGGCGACGAUGUAUUAUGGGUCAUGAGUUUGCGAAAGAUGUGGGUAGCAACAUCCGUUUUUAAUUUGUGGUCGAGUCCGCUAAGAAAUAUUCAGGGCACUCUCCUCUUUCAGGUCAAAUGGAAAGGCUACGAAGAUCCCCAAGAUCAGACUCUGGAACCAGAGGAAAAUCUAGUGUAUUUCUACCUCGCUCCAGAUUCCACGGCAGAAGGGGCAGCGGAUGUCGUUAAAGAAUAUUUUUCCAUCAUAGGCGGACGACCUGAGAAACCAUCAAAAAAACGGAAAUCCAUUACGGGGUCUACACCAACGCACGACACAUCGAUCGUCAAAAGGUCAAAAAAAUCUCGCGACUCGGAAGCGAAUGGGACACCGGAAAUAGAAAAUAAUGUUGCAGAUUGGGUGCCGAAAACGAAGAACUGGGAUUCACAGGUCAAGUCCAUCGAUACAAUAAUGCGCGAUCCACCUACGGGUAACUUAUUCGUGUACCUCAAUUGGAAUAACGACAAAAAAGCGAAAGUUUCCAUUCAACAAUGCUAUGAGAAGUGUCCCCAAAAGAUGCUGCAAUUUUACGAACAACACUUAGUUUUCAAGGACGCUUAGUCCAAUGCUAUUCUAUUAGCCUUGACUUCUCUCUACUUUGUAUUGCCAAGUAGGUAACCGACAACUAUCCUUGGUGACCUGUUAACCCGGGAAGUUGCCCUUCCCAGACACGGACUCAUUUUCCAUGCUUGCCAAACAUAUAGCCAUUGAUAUUUUUAUGGGCACAAAGAAUUCGAAUGGCAUCUUCCCUUUCUGCAUCAUGUUGGUUCAAUUAUUCAAGGAUCAUGGGUGAAAAAAGUUUCUCUUCUCUACACUAUGUUUUAUUUUAGUUUUUGGCCUUGGUUAUCACGUGUAAAUCAUUUGCUAUUGGUUGAAGAUUUUUUUCCCUGUUUCUAAAGCGCAAUGAGGUGGAUUAUCUAUAAUAUUUCUCUCCAUGUCCCUAUGCCUUUCAACAUUUUACUUUUCUUAUGUAUUUUUCUCCUCGUUAGCCUUCCUUGAUUUAUGUUUGCUUCUUAGUUAUGAUAUCUGAU